UGUUUGGAGGCGGAGGGAUCUCCUGUCUGUCUUUGGACCCAUCUCCUCCAUCCCCAGUACGGGAUUAUCAAGGGCACUUGGUGGGCCGACUCUUGCCUUCCUCCCCGCACCGAGCUGCUCCUGCGGCCGGGGCGCUGUGAGAGGGGCUGCGAGCCUUGCCCGGUGCUGGGCGAGCUGCUGGGCCCACCCCAGGGGCCGUGUGGAUAGUCCCAUCGGCGCAGAUGGCCAUCAGAACGAUAGACCAGACCCGGCUGUGCGGAGUCCUCAGCGUGUGACAGUUCGACCUCUCUUGGAGAAGCCGGGACCUGGAGCCAGGGGGACUGCACCAGCAGCUGACACCCCACUGCAGCCAUGAGCCUGGAGCCCCCCAAGCUGGAGAUCAAGUCAGCCACCGGGGUGACUGGAGGGCCAGCCACCCCCAGGAAAGGGCCCCCCAAAUUCAAGCAGAGGCAAACCAGGCAGUUCAAGAGCAAGCCACCCAAGAAGGGGACCCAAGGGUUCGGUGAUGACAUCCCUGGCAUGGAGGGGCUGGGAACAGACAUCACCGUGAUUUGCCCCUGGGAAGCUUUCAGUCACCUGGAACUCCAUGAGCUGGCGCAGUACGGCAUCAUCUAGCCAGCCCCUGAGCUCAGAAUUGAGGCAUGUGUCUCCUGGCAGCCCACGGAGGUGUCACUAUUUAUACAGAGGGUGAUGCAGCUGCUUUUGCAGCUCGUGACGAGACCAGCCUGAAAAAGCUCUUUAAAAUAAACAUGCUUAGUUGAAUCUGU